AUAUUUGUGUUUUGAAGGUGUUUGAAUUCAUUCAUCCUCUGGCUUUCAAACGGGAGACAAAGGCACUUUGCCGUGUUUAAGGUGCAGUAGAGUUUGACAGAAGGGCAUGUUUGCCCCCAAUAGAGUCCGAUCUGCCGUGAGAACAGGCUUUAUUCAGACACAGCUCAGUUUUGCGUUGGGGGCCCAUAGUGGAGUCCUUUUUCCUUUUCCUGCAUAUCACGAGGAAGGAUACAAGCGGGUCUUCACAGUUGACUGAUGAGCAGCCAGUAGGAUCAAGUUUUGGGCUACACCGACUGGCACAGUGGGUCAGCAGUGCCAGACAAGACCAUUGGAGGACAGAAGACAUAGUUGCAGAACUACUGGUGGUUUACUAGUGGUUAGCUUUAGCAUACUUGUGGCAGCAGAGAGGAAGAAGGUGGUCUUGGCGAUGGUCACGGCUAUGGAGGAUGCCUGUCCCAAUGGGGUACGGGAGGAGGAGGAGGAGGAGGUGACGCCCCCGGGACAGCUUGGCGUGGAGGGGCCCCCGGCGGUGCAGUCCACCCAGGAAGCAGAUACGUCUGGAGCCAUGCUGCAGGUGUUGGAUAAUCUGGGUGAGCUGCCCACUUCCACGGCCGCCAAAGACAUCGACCUGCUCUUCCUGCGCGGCAUCAUGGAAAGUCCCACUGUACGCUCCCUGGCUAAGGCUCACGAACAGCUGGAGGAAGUGAAGCUGGAGGCGGUGCAGGACAACAAUGUAGAGCUAGUGACGGAUAUUCUGGGCGACAUCAACAAUCUCCAGCUGAAAGACGACAGCGCGGCCGAACUGUCCAGGAUCCUCAAGGAGCCACACUUCCAGUCUCUUUUGGAGGCACAUGACAUGGUGGCUUCUAAGUGCUACGAAGUCCCGCCCCCGACUGAGAUGACCAAUGAUGUGGCAGUGAACAACGCUCUGAUGCAGGCGGAUGCUGUGCGCAUGAUUGGCAUCCGAAAGAAGGCCGGAGAGCCACUGGGCGUGACGUUUCGCGUGGAGAAAGACGACCUUGUCAUUGCUAGAAUCCUUCAUGGCGGCAUGAUUGACAGACAGGGUCUGCUCCACGUGGGCGACAUUAUAAAGGAAGUGAACGGGAAGGACGUCGGCAACAACCCCACCGAGCUGCAGGAGAUGCUCAAAGACUGCAGCGGAGGGAUCACCCUGAAAAUACUCCCGAGCUACCGAGACGCUCCCGCACCUCCGCAGGUGUAUGUGCGCCCGUACUUUGACUACAACCCAGCAAAUGACAACCUGAUCCCUUGCCGAGAGGCGGGGAUGUCCUUCAAGAAAGCCGACAUCCUUCAGAUUGUCAACAGAGAGGAUCCCAACUGGUGGCAGGCGUGCCAUGUGGUCGCUGGGGCCACGGGACUGAUACCCAGUCAGUUCUUGGAAGAGAAGAGGAAAGCUUUUGUCCCUCGAGACUUUGAUGGAUCAGGGAUCCUUUGUGGGACCAUAGCUGGAAAGAAGAAGAAGAAGAUGAUGUACCUGACAGCCAAGAAUGCAGAGUUUGACAGACAUGAGCUGCAGAUCUAUGAGGAAGUGGCAAAGGUGCCAGCAUUCCAGAGAAAGACGCUGGUUCUGAUUGGUGCUCAGGGCGUGGGCCGACGCAGCCUGAAGAAUCGGCUGAUGGUCCUCCAACCCACACGCUUCGGCACCACUAUGCCCUACACUUCACGGAGGCCCCGUGACGAUGAGCUGGACGGCAACUCCUACCACUUCACUUCAAGGACAGAGAUGGAGGUGGACGUGAAGGCCGGCCGGUUCCUGGAGCACGGCGAGUACGACGGUAACCUGUACGGCACUAAGAUCGAGUCCAUCCACGAGGUGGUGGGCACAGGACGCACCUGCAUCCUGGAUGUCAACCCACAGGCUCUGAAAGUACUGAAAACAGCGGAGUUCAUGCCUUAUGUGGUGUUCAUUGCAGCGCCAGAUUUUGACACUCUCAAGGCCAUGCACGCAGCUGUGGUGGACGCAGGCAUCACCACUAAGCAACUCACGGACGUGGACCUGAGGAAGACGGUGGACGAGAGCGCUCGGAUCCAGAGGGCUUACAGCCACUACUUUGACCUGACCAUAGUCAACGACAACCUGGACAAGGCCUUCGAGACGCUACAUGCCGGCGUGGACAAACUGUGCAGUGAACCCCAGUGGGUCCCGGUGAACUGGGUGUACUGAGGACCAGCUACACUGACCACCCUGAGCGGGUCACACUGACCCAACAGCAUGUCUGUGACCACAAAGGCCAAAGAAGAGGAGAAGAGGGCAGAGCUACUUCUGCAAAAUAACAUAAAUAGUUAAAAAAAAAAAUCAUAUUGCUCUUUCUCCUCUUUGGGCCUGCACGCUGUGCAAGUUUUUUUCUACUCAAAACUCAAAGGGAAAGAGUGCUUAUUUAUUUUAUAACUUUUUAUGAAAGAUCUUUCUAUUCAAUGUGGAAUUCCAUUGAGGAAUGAGACAAAGAAAUCUGGUCACGUACAUCGGGCCAUAUUUUUGCAUUAAUUUAUUGUUAGUAGUUACACUUCUUAUUUUGUAGUCCUUUCCCUUGAUUUAAUUUGUCAGUCUGUGUUCGUGGACAUCCAGGAUUCAUGAUCUCCAUCAAGUAAAGGAGAUGGAUGAGAAGAUCUUCGAGCAGUCAUUGUCCAAGAAACCUGCGUCAGUGUCGCACGCCAUUGAGCAACCUGUGUAACUGUUUUACUUUCACGUCCAAACAACUUAAUCCUUUAGUGCUUUUACGUAGCCGGCCCUAAACUUGUAUAUCAGUGUCGUCCACCGGAUCAACUGGGCAGAAAUAAAGAUUAAAUGCCCGUUUGCGCACAACUCCUCUAGUAUGUAAAAGAAAAACGUUAUAAUGGUCUUUUUCAAGAUCAAACACUGUUAAUUUUGUCUAGUUUUGUUUUCUUAUACUAGUUUUUCAUCAGUGUGGUGAUUUAAACAUGUAGAGCGUAGUGUUUUGUCACACUUGAUCCAUUGAUUUGUUUUUAAUUACCCUGUCUGAAGUAUGACCAUCUACAUUGUCACUGACCCCCUUCAUCUUUGCCAAUUUGUUAAUGUUUUAUAUACGUGAAUGUGGCACAAACCGACUCCCUCCUUAUGGUCCUUCUCUUAAGUGUUGCAGUAUGCCAAAGCCCUGAUCAUACUCCAAAUAAAGUUUAAAAUUCA